GUGGAAUGGUUAUGCAUUAAAAAAAUCAUGUUACAGAUGGGUUUUCACAUUGAUUUUGUGCAAUUGAUUAUGAUCUGUAUCUCUACUACCUCUUUUUCUUUCAAGAUUAAUGGGGAAGUCAGUGGCUAUGUGAUUCCAUCCAGAGGGAUUAGACAAGGGGAUCCCCUAUCCCCUUAUCUAUUCCUUGUGGUAGCUGAAAUACUGUCUGCUCUUGUUAAUCAUGCUACUCAGACUGGGCACAUUACUGGCUUGAAAAUCUCCCCAAAUGGCCCUGCUUUCUCACACCUGUUGUUUGCAGAUGAUUCCCUAUUCUUUUGCAAAGCCACUGUUGACCAAGCCCUCUCUAUUCUGUCUGUCUUGGAUAAAUAUCACCUCUUUACAGGUCAAUGUGUUAAUUGGUCUAAAUCUUCAAUCUUCUUCAGUAGAAAGACUCCUGUCAUUCUUCAGAACAGAAUUUGUGCUACUUU